GGGGUCUUCGCCCCCAUUGAGCGCAGCAUGAGCGCUCCGGAGCAAAAGGAUGUGUGAGCAGGCAGCGCGCUACUGCAGGGACGGAGUCCACAAACUGCUGAACAAAGAACAAGCCAAACUUCGAGCCCAAGAAAGCCGCGAACAGACCAAGCUCGUAGCCGGUCAGGACAGCGAGUCCGAAACGGCAGCUCAGUCCGGAAACAGCGGCGCCCAGCCCGGUGGAAUUGACGGGCUCGUCCGCUGGAUCGUCACCAAAAUGAGCGACAACAAGAACAUCUCCAGCCGGGAGUACGCCUCCAGCAAGGAGGAGGUGGCAGUUGCCCAAGAGCAGUUCUUCGCUCCGGAACCGCGGAGAGGGAUCUCCGUUAUCCUGGAUAUUUUCAGAAGAGCUGACAAAGAUGAUGAUGGUAAGCUGUCUCUAGAUGAGUUCCAGGCUUUUUUCUCUGAUGGUACGCUGAAUGAGGAGGAGCUGGAGAAGUUGUUUCAUACUAUCGACUCUGAUAACACCAGUAAUGUUGACACAAAGGAACUCUGUGACUACUUUGCCAAGCACAUGGGGGACUAUGAAGGAGUCCUGGCCUCCCUGGAGACACUCAACCUUUCCAUCCUCAAAGCCAUGGACUUCACUAAGAAGGUUUAUGAGAGGGGAACAAAUGUGGAACAAUUUGUCACCCGUUUUCUACUGAAAGAAUCAGCCAAUCAGAUCCAGUCGCUUUUAAAUUCUGUGGAGAGUGCUGUGGAUGCCAUAGAUGAACAGCACAGCCAGUCAGGUCAUCUUCCAGCCAAGACGAGUCCCCGGAUGUCAGAGAGGCGCCAUGACAAUGUUGUUCCUGACUAUCCCCCUAACAACAGAAUCAGUGCCAGAGAGGUUGUCAGGACCAUCAAUACUACCUCAGGUGCAGUGGAGGUGAGGAAAGAGGGUCUGGAGGCUCAGAUCAAUCGCCUUUCUGAACUCAUUGGACGACUGGAAAAUAAAACUGUCUGGUUUGAUCUGCACCAGAGGCUAACAGACACAGAUGGCACCACCAGUGCAUCAUUAUUGCUGAUCCGUCAAGAGAUGGUGGUUUCCCAGAAGAAGCUUGCUGACUAUUGUGAAGCAUUGAAGCAAUACCUGAAGAAUGUCUCAACUCAGAGAGACUGCUUUCAUGUGACCGCAGUGCGUCUGCCAGAUGGUUUAUCCUUUGUCAUAUAUGAGUUCUGGGACGGAGAAGAAGAGUGGAAAAGGCAUCUACAGUCAGGCCCCAACAAAGCCUUUCAGCAUGUGAAAGUGGACACGCUGUGCCAGCCAGAGGCCAUUUCCUCUGUCGCCGUGCCAGCCGCCUGGUGCAGUGUGAACAAGGCCUGAGCAUGAACCUUUCCAACCACACGCCAAGACUCUUGGGCACCAACUCCUAGACGCUUUCCUUGCAUUUCUCCCCUUCUCACGUCCCUCACGCCCCUUCAAACUUCUUGAAAUACAUGUUUACACAGUUCAAAUGAAUAGUGUCAACUGCAGUGACUAUUGAACAAAGUGCAUUUUCCAAGAGUACAUUUGCAUCCAAACAUUGUGAUUAACUGCUUUGUAUUUAUGAUAUGGUCAAAUUCAUUAGUUAUGUUCUAGCCAGUUGGAGUUUGUCAUGUAGCAUGGAGCCUUGGGUUAAAACGUUCAUGUAGCAGGAACCCGAAUGACUCUGGAAAAUCCUUUUUGGCAAUGCAGCCUUUCUUAAACCUGCUCUAAAUUUACAACAGUAAGCAUAUCCAUGUCGCUGCAAGUCUAUAAAGAUACCCAUUUCACAUUUGGUCAAGUAGAUGACGAUAUUCUGGAGCUUUUUCCUUUUGUUGUUUUUUCCUGUUUGUUUUUUCUAGUUGAGUACAACUUGAUGUAAUACCCUAUCAUUUGGCACAGACUAAAUACAUACGUUCAUUGGUUGGUUUUAAACUUCUCGUGUUUUUGAGUUAUUUUGAGUAACCAAAAAAGCUUGUAUUCAAAAUCAACCAAAUUGUUAGCUGUGAAAUCAGACUAAUUUAUGUUCUUUAAUACUUUCGGAGAAAAUGUGUUAAAUUGAAAUCAAUGCUAAAUUCAGGACACGAUCUCAAAUUGCAAUUAACAACGUUUAAAAUAAAUUGACGACCGAAUGUCCCAUUAUUGUAUCCUACUUAAAACAAUUGAUUUGUUUUUAUCAUGCAGUAAUGUAAUACUAAAAUUACUUCACAUCAUUUUAUAAUGCCAAUUUCUCAUAAUGUUCAACUCGGUUUUACAAAACAUGAAAGGCAUGGCCCAGCUGAAUCCAGAGAAAGCUCUGAGCCAUCUUUGAUGGUAGACAUGAACGCCACCUGCAGGACACAAGAGUUCAGCCUUAGCAGAGGUUGCCUCUACGGAGUAUUCUUGUGUUUUUAGUUACAUAUCCACUAGAAUUGACACUUCAAAAAAAAUGAAUCAUUCAAUAUUCAUUUCUCACUGCAUUACAGUAACUUUCCUGAGCUCGAUCAGAAAAACAUCAUUAUAUUAACAUUAUGAUUAAAUGGCUAGAAUUCAAAUUUCAAAGAUGCAAUAAACAAUCAUUUUUGCUCCACCAUAUUGGACUGAGAUUUAAGAGCAUGAUGAGUUUUUAAAGACCACUUUCCUUUUGAAGAAUGCAAGUAUGCCGAUUUACAUGAUUGACAGAUCACAUGCAUCUAACAAUAUGAGAACAAUACUACUUUUUUAAAUAAAUCAAGGCUAUCAGGGGACUUUCAUUGUAUGUUGUAGAAAAUAUGCAUGAAAUGAAAUAUCUUAUGAAAGCAACAGCAUCAGUUACAAACCAACACUGCAGCUAUUUCUUUACAGACCAGUUCUUUUAUUUUUGGUGCACUUUGGGAUUUUUAUAUUAUACAUUUAAAAAAAAAUUUGUCAAUCAGUUAGCUUUAACAACAGGGCAAGGAAAAGUGAGUCGUGUGGUCACUGUUGGAUUUGGAGUCUGCUGCUACCUAACAAAAGAGACGAGAGCUAGAUGAAAUCUAGUUUGUUUUGCACUGUUUGUGUCAGAAUUGUCUUCGAUGAUUAUCAGUAGCUUAUAUUAGAUAUGUGAGACCGAUAGUACUUAUUAUGUAUGAAUAAUAGUGUUCUAAUAUAAAUAUAUUUGUGUUAUUUGAAUAUUUUAGUGCUAUGGUGCAAAUUUCUUCUCAGUUAAACUGGCAGUGGCUUCUCACACACUUGUUUCGUACCAUCAGAAACUCCUGACAUUUAUGAGAAAAGCCUUCACAAUCACUACUAGGUACGGAAAGGUUGAAUAUUUUUAAGGUUUUUUUCCCCUUCAUUCUCUUAAAAGCCCAGUAAAUUAAUUCCUAGUGAAAUAUAUAUUUUUUGAUCAGACAUUUACUUUAUUGAUGGGAAAAAAAAAACAACAAAAAAACAAACACAUUUCAAUGUUUAGAGCCACCGAAAGGGAUGGAUGGACAGAUCUUAGUUAUUCAAAAAGAUGAAAUGAAAUUCAUCAGAUAAUUUGAAAAACCUGAGUUGUUGGCAAGAAUAAAUUAUAUAAAUAUAAGAAUUAAUUUACUUCAUUACUACUCAAGUACUAUAAUUACUCUCAGAUUCACACAUAGUAACGUUGUUCAAGCAUAUACUACAAAUAAAGCCAUCCUCCUCUCAUGACGCCCAUCGCACCACUGCUUUAUGACCAUGUUAAAAUGAUCUUAAAUCCAUUUGAUCUAAUGUUAGGUUAAGAAUUUCCCCCUGAAAAAGCACAAUUUAAAAUGACUCAAUAUAAUGACUUGAAUAACUGGAACCUGAUAGCUGCUUUUUCAUUAUCCAGAUUUGUUAUUUAUCUAGAGUUUCAAAAGAACCACUACCAGUCUUACAUCAACGUUCCCUCUAUAAAUAAUAGCCAGUGUGCCAACUUGUUUGAUAAAAGAAAGUAUGGUUUUACGACGUCAAUGGUGAUAGCCUCACUAUCAAGAAAACUGUGUUACUGGCAUAUGUUAGCAAUAUUUGAGCACAUUUCUGGGUUAGCUACAUUUGAGCAGUCACAGCAUCAUUAUCACUAGGGUUGCCAACACCCUGAAAAAAAAAAAAAGGGGGGGACACCCCAUAGGUAGAUCCGGCCGGCUUAAUAACUGUCACCCUUUAAUUUUUUUUGUUUGUGAAAAGUGAUCUUUUUAUUGAUAAUUUUACUCAAACCUGAAUCAAUUAUGGUAGGUACAUAUAAGCACACUGAAAAACAAAAUUCUAAUACAAAAUAUGCAAAAAUUAAUAUCUGUCCUGCUUAAUUCAAACAAAUACAGGGUGUUCCAAAAUGGUUGACCCCAUUCUAAAUGCCCAUGUCUCGGAAACUACUCGAUGGAGCUUAAUCAAACUAAAUACACUUUAUGUUGAAGGUCAUACAUUUUAUUGGUUAAAUUUGCAAAGAAAAGUACAAAAAUUUGUUGGUUCUAUGACAGAUUUUCAUAAAUGUUCAAUAUGAGCACCGCCUGUGACUCUGCACACGUCAAGUCAGUAUUCGAGCUCGUGCCAAAUUCGCUGUAGCAUGUCUUCAGUAACAGUUUCCAGGGCAGCUGUAAUUCUCUGUUUUGUUGUUUAGUUUGUGCCUUCUUUGCAAAAUUCGUGAAGAAGGCACACUGCACUGUCUUCGGUGACUGAGUCAGAGCAUAUUCUAACACGCAAAAUACCUUUUCUUUUGAAGUGAACUGCAUUUCUUAACCUGAAAAGAUAGAAAUGCCAAACAUUACACACAAAAACUUGAAAAGUUUCUACACAAGCUGUGAAAAUUUGAGGUCAUUCCAACGAAAAUUAUCUGGGAAUUUCCCUGUGGGAAAGGCCAGAUAAUGUUGUUCUUCAACUUUAGCUUACUUAUUUAUUAUUAUUUCUUUCUUUAUUUAGCGUAUUCUCCACGUUUUUUUGGCGCGCCAGAUAGCCCGAACUGUUGCACCAAUCGGCACCGUUCAAGUAUCGGCAUGACCGGAAUUUUCGCGCGACGCAGGGAAUUUUUCAAACAGCCCCGAAAAAUUUCCGUUCGCCCGUAAACAGCAAUUUUCCGGGGGGGGGUUUCAAAAUGUAUCUAGUUGUCAAAAUUAUUGGCCUACGAAAUGGGGUCAAACAUUUUGGAACACUGUGUAUAAUAAUUAAAAUGAAAAUUUUAAAUAAUUUAACUCUUAUGGUCCUUAGCCUUGUGUGUGUGUGUGUAUCUGUUAUUGGUGUUUUUUUUUUUUUUUUUUAAGACUCUGACGUAAUCUGUUUUUUUAACAACGUUUUAACAAAAUCCCCUAAGCAAUAACAUUUUCGCAAAUAUAAUGUGGCAAUACAGACGAAAUUGACCCAGCACAAAAAUAUAAUUAGUGAAACUAAAGUGCACAUAGAGGAAGAAAACAAAUUAUUUUCAACAUGGUUUUUAUUAUAGCUUCACUUAUCUCCCACACUUUUAUGUUGUAUUCGGUUAACAUUAUGGCAAGUGACAGUACCUCGACCAAUGAGAUGAGUGGGAUUUUGUAUUGUCAUUGUUCCGUCAGCUCCUUGGUCAAAAAGCAGGAGAAGCGGGGGAAUGCAUUUACCUGCAUAUUCUUGUAAAGCACCAUGUUCGUUCAUUCUUCAAAUAAGACACUGUUUUCGAGUUUCAUGAUAAUACAGUACGAACCGCGUCCCUUGAAAGCUCAAUACUGGACGCGUACUUUUGUUUCUGAAUACGGGGCGAUUCUUUUUCAAGGGACAGUUGGCAACCCUAAUUACCACAUUCACAAUAUUUUAUGUCCAAUACAAAUCGAUGAAAUGUUCUGCCUUACGAAGACAAUGUCCACUCUCAGAAGGGUAUUCGUUUAACAAUAAUAUCAAUGCUUCUGUGCCAAUAGAAUUUGUGUCAAAUAUGAGUCAACCAAGCUGCUGUAUUUGGAGGUGAGGUAUAUUGGAUGGUUUCACAAUGUAAUCAGUCCUGUAAAAUGUGCUCUCUCCAGUUAGCUCGAUGGUAAAUGAACAGUCAGAAUGCCAAUGCUUUUUCCCAUUGAUACAUUACGGAAUGUCUUUCACUGUGCAACCUGUUUGGUUUUGUUUUCUUUUCGACUUUCGAUAUGCUUUGUGCUUGAUCAUCAAACUUAUAGUUACGCCUUUUGAAAUGUAGUACAAUAGGCCUUGACUGAAUGUUUCCGGGCCUUGACAUGCACUGCAGUACAUGGAGACUUGGCCUUGUGUUGGUAACACCACUUACUGCUAAGCGCUGAUCACACUGGAUUUACCUCACCGAGUCUUAGUACAUAAUUCCAGGUUCCAAGUCAGGAAUUUGCCAAAUUUCCCAAAAUCAAGGCUACAAUUAUUUCCUUCUGUGACUGUGUUCUUUUCUAUUCUUCAACUGAGUGCAUGUCAACUGUAUAUUUAGUAACUUCUUUGCUGUAGUAUUAGGUCAUGCUACUCCUGAGGGUGGCCUCACACGACGGGAUAAUUGGGCUAUAUAACAACUCUAUGAAUCCGGAAUGAUUCUUUUCUAGUUUGAGUGGUCAAAGACCCGAUAUAAACCCUACUAUUUUACUCGGGUCUGCCCGAAUUACUUUAAAUUUUUACGUUUUAUACUUUGUGUUUAUCUGGAUCUGUUUUUUACGUAAAUUAUUUAUAUUAGGGGUGCACGAUAUACAUUUUUUGAAACCAAUAACAAUAUCGAUAACUUUUUGCUCCUCAAGGCCGAUACAGAUACGAUACCCGAUAAUAUAUACGUAUAUACUGUAUUUUUUUUUUUUAUGUAAUGAGUUUUCGAACACCUGUAGGUCAAAAAUAAUGGUGGUGGAUUCAGCAUAGACCUUUGACCUAACCCGAAUUUUCAUGAUGACAUGAACAUUAUAAUGAACAAAACAAAGUCAAGAACAGUUUUCACUUCAAAUAAAGUGCCCAUAUUUAGUUUUUCAAAUAAAUAUAAUUUGAGUCAAUCACAAUCAGUCAAUGUCAUUGACGAUCUGUUCCCCUAAACAAUGAGCACUGAACUAAAACAAACAUAAACCCAACAGGUAUGUGCUUUUUCAGCAGAUAAAACUUUUGGUGCAACAGGAGAGAGACUUUUGUGUUCUUGGCCCAUGAAACAACUUUCUUAACAAGGCAAUUAUACGACGGUAAGCCUAUCAAUAACAAAAAGGCCUCUCAACAACUUGAAAACAUUAACAAUGUAAAAUGCAAACAUUUGCUAAUUCCCAUAGUAAGGUUUUUCACCCAGUGAUGGAAAAAUACGGCCUCUAGAACAGUAACAAAACUUUGCAUGCUGGCAAAACAAGUGGAAACAAACGCACACAUCCCAAUCCACUGACACCGUGCCAAAAACAUGAUACAGUAUAUUAUCGGGCCUUAUUAAUAAUGUUAUUCGAUUUAUUGGGAUGACGUCGUAAUUCCUAUUAUUGCACCGAUAAUUAUCGAACCGAUGAUUAUCGUGCACCUCUAAUUAUGUUAUGCAUGGUAAAUCUUCUAGUUCUAACUAGCUAGUUCUUCACGCAAGUGUUUUUAAGUAAAUUGAUGGCACGUUUGAUUGGUUUAGAGCAGGGGUCUGCAACCCGCGGCUCUUUAUCGCUGCCUUGAUAGCUCCCUGGAGCUUUUUCAAAGAUUUCUGAAAAUGUAAAGAGGUGGGGGAGAAAAAUAUAUUUCUUCAUACGGUUUGUGUAGGAGGACAAACAUGACACAUUCUUUCAAUUCAUUAAUAUUGUAAUAAAGUAAAUUUGAGGCGGCAUCGUACAACAGAGUCGUCACGUGGUAUGUCAUUCUCUUUUGGAUCCACUGCAGGGAAAAUAAACAUUUAUUCAUGAAGGUUAAUUAUGUAUUUGUAGCCAACUUAGUCAUUUUUAUAGUAGACUAAUAUAGCUUAUAUCGAUACAUACAGCCGGUGUUGCUUCCAUUAUAAGGCUUAGACAAGGCUUUUAAUUUUUUGCGGCUCCAGACAUACUCUAUCAGUUUGUUUUUUUGGUCAAAUAUGGCUCUUUCAACAUUUUGGGUUACCGACCCCUGGUUUAGAGUUUGCAAGUGAUCACUAGGCACUGAAAAGUAGAAGAUGAAUGAACCUCCCCUUAUUAAUAUGGGCAUCACACAGCAAUAAGGUGAUUUGCACAAAUGUUGAACUUCACCUUUCACAUCCAAAGCAUGUGUCAUUCUGCCCCACUUUACUGAAUUAUUAUUUAUAAUUAUCUUUGGGCCCGACUCAAUCAGGAUAAAAUCUUGUACAGUUUGCUACCUCUUGAGUACCAGAUUUAAAUGCCCAGAUUAUUCUAUGGUGUAAGGCCACCCUUAUGAGUUUAGUGCAUUUCCUACAUUCUUUUCCUCCUUUUUCUAGUAGUCCUAUGAAGGAGACAGAGACGAAGAUAUAUUAUAUACACAUGUAUGACUAGAAAAGUGGCAUACAAGGAUGAAUAUUACAUUUUAUGAGAUUGUUUAACUAUUAAUGUAUGUUUCUGUAAAACAGAUCUAGUAGACAUUGAAGGGAUGCAAUAUAUUUGUCUAAAUUCUAGAAAAUGUAGAGUGAUGCUAAUUCAAUAAAGCAACAAAACUGAAAAAGCUU